ACGUCUUCGCCGGACUUGGAAAAACCCAAAAUAUUUACCGACCGAGCCCUUUAGAACACGCUUUGGUCUUCUCUUCUUCUCCCUCGCAAAGGGUUCCGUCGGAGAUCAUGAGUGCGUCUAGCUCCCCGUCGACGUGGCAGAUCCCGGUCGACUUCACGAUAACCAAGGCCCCUCUCGGCCUCACCGGAGCCGGCGACCUGACGGUCUACGAUGCAAACGGGAACUUCGUAUUCCGAAUUAAACGAUGUUCCAACUCCCAUCCCCGCCGGAUCAAAACCCUCUUCGACGCGAUGGGCAAUCCCUUGAUCACCGUCGUCCACCACAACGAUGGCUGGCAAGCCUUCAGAGGGGACAACUAUGAACGGAACGACUUAAUUUUUACAGUGGAAAAGACAUUGUAUUCUCCCAUUAAAACUGAGCUAGAAGUAUUCUUGUCAGGCAGAAAUCAAGGAGAUCUAAAACCAAGUUUUAGACUAAAAGGCAAUCCAUUUCGGAGAUCAUGCACAAUAUUCAAUGGAAAUUCCAUUUUUGCUCAGACAAGCCUUUUUUACAAGCUCCGGAAGGUCAUCUAUUCACGGCGCAAGUUUCGACUCACUGUUUAUCCAGGAAAUGAUCCUGUUCUGGUCAUGGCUAUGCUUGUAGUUUUUUUUGGAGGUAGCUGACAGAGAGAAUGGCAACAACUUUGAUGCAGUUGUACAAUAAACAUUCCUCUGAUCACUGCCUAUGUAGCAACCAAUAUCAGUUGAAUAGUAAUGUAUUAAUUCUUCUCGUGAGACCAAUAUUUACCAUUGAUUUAUAUUGCAAUAACAAGGCUGUAAAAUCCUCAUGGACU